UUCAAUCAAAACGAUACUUGGCGGGAUAACCGUGAUGUGUAUCCAUACGUAAAACAUCAUGUCAAGUGCACAAUCGUGGUAAUUGCGGUUUAAUUCUUCGUUACGCUUGUGUUACAGAAUACCCUGCCAAUGUUAUUUGUUGACUCUACUCAACGUUCGACUCUGAAGAGAUUUAUUUUGACUUUUUUACCCAAGUUAAUAGUGAGUCUUACAUUCAAACAAAUGCUUCAAAUUUCUUUAGUAUAAGACAUCAUUAAUCUUAAAAAAGAUUAUGUAAAAAUAUAUGCAAUUGUUGUAAAAAAUAUACAGAUUUGAUGAAAGUUUAAACGGAAUCAAACAGAAUUUCUUGUUAUUCAAGUUUUAAAAGUAGUAAUCAUGGAUUAUAAAUUAGGAUACCGGGAAAUUAUCCCAGAUCAAUCUUUGCCAGAUAAAUGGAAAGAAAUAAUUAUAAGUACUGGAGGUAGUCAAAGUACUCUACAAGAUAUAAAAGUGUCUGAAAGAGCUGGAGGAUAUUGUUACAAGCCAUCAUCAAGAUAUUUUACGCAAAAUCGUUUCAUCUACUGGAGAAUAGCUCAUGAUGUUUUGGAAUUGGUUGAAUACAGUCUUGACAUCAAUCUUGUAAACAAUCAAGUCAGAUAUAAAUUCACAGAUACUCCAAUUCUUGAAGGAAUCACAAUUCAUGAAACAGCUAAUUCUAUUGUAAUAUUAGUUGUUACGGUUUCUAGUGUACACAAACUCUCCUUUGUGCAUCCUAAAAGAGUUCACAAACAAGAUCAAACUCUAGUUUCUACUGCUGAACUCACAAUGCAAUCAAUAUUCAGUGAAGCAACUGUUCAAGCAGCUAGAGAUCCAAGUACUCUCUAUGUCAUUCCCAAUGUUGGUCUGACAAAUUCACCUGUUGCCCAUGCAGCUGCUUCUUGGCUUACCAUGCCUCAAGAAGAAGCUCAAUUUGCCUUAGCCUAUGAUACAGGAUUAAUUUUAUUAUUACGCAUGGAUACUGUGACUGGUUUGGUACAUUCUAGUGAACUUAAGCAUGAAUCAAUAAUGCCUCGUUUCCUUAGUGGAUUAGCUACAGCAUUUCGCCGCAAUAAUGAUCAAGAAAUUCCAAUGUCGCUUGUUAUACAUUCACAUGGUAGUGAAGUUUAUUUAUUUGCUCUAUAUCAAGAAGGAACACUGAGGAUGUGGUCUUGCAAUAAGACCCAGUGCAUAGCUGUAAUUAAUGUCUCUAUGAAUAAUCAAAAUGUAGUGAAAAAUAUUCAAAAUCAUGCAUUGAAAAAAGUCAGUGGAACAAAGAGCGACGAAUUGUAUUUGACUACGUAUUUAAAAUAUGAUUCAAGCAGCGAAUUUUGUGUUUUAAAAGUUGUCCAAGAAGCUGGAUCAUUCAAGCUUAAUCGAAUGUGUACAUUGCUUGCACCAGAUCACCAUCUUGUAGAUUUUUCAUUUACGACUCAAAAAUUGUGGGCGGUGUGGAGAACUAUUGAAAUUGAUUCAAUUGCAAUUACACAUGUUCAGUUACCUUUACACAAUAACCAAAUUAGCUGCGAAUGGGAAUCAGCUGAACUUGUGCAACCACCUGACAAAGAUUACAUCAUCAGUGAAGCUUACAUGGAUCCUAGGGAAACAUACAUCAAUUAUAUAUUUCACCCUGGAAAAUUUGCUUUAGCAGAUAUCAUACGAGCUUUGAGUAUUUAUCGCAAAACAAAUUUCUUAAUCGAUAUAAAUCUUUCACCAGCUUUACUCAAAGAAAGAGUUUGUAUGGCAGUUGAGGCUGAAAUUCAAAACGAAGUAAUGGAUUACGAAUUAAUGGACGAAGAGUAUUUGGAAAUCGUCAACCGAUGUUGGUCUAAAUUUUACUCUCGCAUUCUACAGUAUCACCUUAACAGAUCGAGACCCGUAGGUUUGUUGCUGUUUCCAAGCAUCGAUGGCAUAGUUCUUUUGAAGAAAUCUUUCUUUUCUGUGCUAAGACCAAUGGAACCUUUGGAGCAUUUGAUGCUGUGCAAUGAGCAGUCGACAAUUUCGCAUUUUAGAAAUACGCCAAUCCUUAACGAGGAUCCAAACAUUUGCCAGGAUUUGAUAAUUCUUAUGUCAACGAUAGUAGCUCUUGACAAUCAAUUAUCGGACGAUUUCAAAUCUACAUUUGAAAAAGAACUGUAUCAACUCAAAGCGCCUGAUAAAAUAAUCGACAACUUGAUGUCGAAAUUAUCAUUUCAGAAAAAUGAUUCAUUUCUAGAUUUUGAUUUUCAACUCGUAUUCCAGCAAAAACUCGGAAAUGUCAAGGACCUAUCAAGCGCAAUCACGAUGCUUUUAGCAAUGCUCACCUACGAUAUCGAUCAAGAUGGUAAAUCUCAACAUCAUAGUAGCCGCAACAAACUCCUCGAUCAUCCAUUUGGAAGUCAGCUCGGUAUAUCAAUGACGUCAGAAAUUAUCAUACAAAUUUCACUCUUGAGAUUUUCUCUCUGCAGAAAUUUGUUGGUAUUACAGAAGCUGGCCCUGUCGCGUCCCGAAACUUUGGAUUCGGAGACGUUGCACUCGAUCAAAUCGUCGCUGAUACCACGAACGGUGGUGUUGGUUCAAGCCUACUACGUUACGACGUGGAUCUGCGAGUCAAACCCGUCGGUCACGCCGUCUCAAGCGCUGCUGGAGACGAGCGUGCAGCGUCUUGCGCUACUCAAGCUAUCAAACGCAAAAUCCGUCAUCGGUCACCGACUGUCGAGAUCGGUAUCGCUUCUCGAACUCUACAUUCAGUGCGGCGUCAAAAGAACUUUGCACGAGCUAGAUCGAAAUCGCGACAGUUCCGCUUCCGUUUCGUCGGAUCUGCUCUCCUACGUAAACACCGUAACGCAGUUGAUCUGGCCGAUUUCGGAGAACUUUUUGUUCCCAGAGUGGCUUUUAUCGAACGGACAAUUUCUUAUUCUCCAAGAAUACGUGAGAUUGCUGAGCACUUGGUGCGAGCGAAACAAUGCCUCGAGAAAAUUCGCUCUGGCCGUCAGUCUGCUAGAGAUGGGCGAGCCGCAAAAGGCCUGCGACUACUUCCUCAGAGCGGCCGACGGUGUAUUGGUCGACCCGUACCUUUCGGACUUGCUGCUCACGUCCGACGUAACGACGGAGAAGGGCGCACUGGUCCUUUAUUUUCUCAAAGUCAUCGAGAUAUUCGAGCAGCAUAACGCGUACGAUUGCAUAAUCGAGCUGGCCAUGACCGCGAUGACUGUUACCGAAAAGGACGAUCCUAUUCUGCCGACUCUACAUUCCAUCGUAUUUACGCAGCACCUUAGUCUGGGCCAUUACACGGAAGCCUACAACUGCCUCAACACCAAUCCCGAUGCCGAGCGCAAAGUCGACUGCCUGAGGCAGUUGGUCGUCACUCUCUUCGACCAGAAGAAUCUCUUGGAUCUCGUCAACUUCCCUUACGUUGACAUGUAUCAAGAUUUGGAAAAGAUCAUGGAGGCUCGUUCUCGCAGCGUCGAUUUGGCUGACAACAAUUAUUACGAUUUCCUCUACAGUUUUCACAUCAACAAGGGCAACGUUCGAAAGGCCGCGUCGAUCAUGUACGAGCAAGCGAUCCGGCUGAAUCAAGAAUUACCGUCGAUUGGAGUGUUGGCGCGCCAAGUCAACUGUCUGCUGGCCUGCAUGAACGCCCUGUACUUGGUGAACGAAAACUACCGAUGGAUCGUAAGACCGGUGGUCGAUCGCAACAUGCUCAAUGGCUGCAAGGAUCAAGACGAGUCGAGAAUCAUGAAGGACGACGAGAUACGUCAGCACCAAGUCGAGAGGAUCACGGAGGUACUAGAGUUCGAAGAUAUUCGUCGAGAGUACCAAAUGGCUGAAUCCAAGUACAAAAUAGCCACAAUGCAGUCCGACGUUAAUGCGGUAAUUCACGCGGGUCCCGAAGAGAUGGUCGCCAUCAAUGCGAAUCUGGGCCUUUACGUUGACGCGCUUAAUAUUUGCGAAUCGUUCAAUCUGCACAAAACUAUGGUCCUGCAGAAUCUCACCUCGCAUUGUGUUAGGGUAAGCGAAAAAAAUCAAGAAUCCUGGGAUUGGCUAGUUCACAACGAUGUGGUUGACUUGGAAGUUUCGACUCUGAAUCCCACCAAUAUGUGCUGGAAAUUACUUGAAAAACUGACUUUGACACUUGAAAAGGAAGGCGAGACGAUAUUGCAUAAAUGCGUUGCCGAAAAUCUCUUCCAUCAUGGAGCUUUCCUCCCAGAGUGGCUAUUUUCCUCUUACGUUGAAAAAAAUGCAGCCGAAUUACUAAGACUCAUGAUGAAGAUGGGCAGGUUGGAAGAAGCUGCUCAGUUUUCUUUGGAGUACAUACAAAAGUUACUCGGUAAGAGUAAAUAUGACGGUCGCUUCAAGACUAGAGUGGAAACCGGUGAAAAGAACCGAGACAGUUACGUACCGAUAAAUGCGAUUGAAAAUCUACUAAUGGAGUUGGAAGCUGCAAGCGCCGAUGAUCGUAGUUACGGGGAACUGUUUAAAUCUUUAGACUAUUCACUAAAGGAAUACAUCAAAAAUAUGCAACAGGUGUCGCAUGACGUACUGGAGACUUACAAAUACAAAUGAAUGAAUGGUUUAUUAUCAGUUUCUCAUCGUGUCUCAUGGUUAAAUGUUUAUUAUUAGAUGCAACGGAUUAUACGUUAAUUUGUAUGAUGGAUUUACCAAUAAAAGGCUUUAUGUAAUAAUCAUUAUUUAUGUAUAGAAAUUGAUUCAAGUUUGUUUUAUCUUUUCAAAAAUAAAUUCAAUACUUUUUUUUACUAAAAUA